CUUUGAAUUGGCUUGGUAGACUCCUUCUCCUCUGCAGCAAGAUUUGUUAUAAAUUUUAAUAAACGGUCAUAUCUAAAUCACUUGGAAACGUUUCCUUUAACACCAUUUUAACAUGUUUUAAAACCCUCAAAAAUCUGAGAAAUGUACACCUCGGUUACCAGUCUAAAGAAUGAGGGGUUGAUGGAUGACAGGGCCAUAGAACAAUAGGGAUAGAACGUAAUUCAUUCAUUCGACAAGUAUUUGAGUUCCUCCAUAUGCCAGGCUUUGAAAAGUACUCGAGUUCUGCCACGUGCCAGGCACUGUUCUAAGCUCUGGGGAUACAAAAAUGAACAAAGGGUGUUAAGGGAAUAAAACUCAGUACCACACAUGAUCUCGCGCUUCUGCCUCUUCCCUGGUGGGCGCUUCUCGCCACUUAGUCUAUGAUUCUUGCUGGGCACAAAAGCCCCGCCCGCCCGCUUAUCUGCCGUUUGUUCAGGCUCUUAGGAGGAGAUGGACUACAACUCCCACAAUGCCAUCCUGGGGCCUCCUUGUAAGGGCUCCACCUUUUCCCUGGCCGUGCGGAGGACGACUACAGUUCCCAGAGUGCUCUGCUUCCUCUUUUGGGUGUUGUUGCCCUUUUCCCGGUGCGGGACGCGGUAGAAGCGGGCAAGAGUGCCAGGUCCGAGGUUCUCUGUGUCCUUCCCCGGGGCAGGGACGAGGCAGUGACUUGACUCUGGGCACAGAGCCCGGGAGGGAGCGCAGGAGGCGCCGUCCCUUCUGCCCGGCUCACCUCACGCUACUCUCUGUCUUUUCCACCCGCGGCCGCCUGGGCGGCUCGGGACCGACCGCCCGGGGCAGCGGUGGCGGUCUCGGCCGCCGGGGCUGUGGCGAGGUCACGGCCCUCGGGGCGGCGGUAGCGGCGCCAGCGCUGGGGAGGCGAAGGAGGGAAGAUGGCGUCGGAGCUGGAGCCCGAGGUGCAGGGCCUAGACCGGAGUUUGCUGGAAUGUUCGGCUGAGGAGACCGCGGGGAAAUGGCUGCAAGCAACUGACCUCACUAGAGAAGUGAACCAACAUUUGGCUUACUAUGUACCCAAAAUCUACUGCAGGGGUCCCAACCCUUUUCCACAGAAAGAAGACAUGUUGGCACACCAAGUUUUGUUGGGACCAAUGGAAUGGUACCUUUGUGGUGAAGAUCCUGAGUUGGGAUUUUCAAAACUUGAACAAACAAACAAACCUUCUCAUCUUUGUGGUCGCGUUUUUAAAGUGGGAGAACCUACAUACUCCUGCAGAGACUGUGCAGUUGAUCCAACUUGUGUUUUAUGCAUGGAGUGCUUUUUGGGAAGUAUUCACAGAGACCAUCGAUAUAGGAUGACAACAUCAGGAGGUGGAGGUUUCUGUGACUGUGGUGAUACUGAAGCUUGGAAAGAGGGUCCUUACUGUCAGAAACAUGAACUUAACACCUCUGAAAUUGAGGAAGAAGAGGAUCCUCUUGUGCAUUUAUCAGAAGAUGUGAUAGCAAGAACUUAUAACAUUUUUGCUAUUAUGUUUCGGUAUGCAGUAGAGAUAUUAACCUGGGAAAAGGAAAGUGAAUUGCCACCAGAUUUAGAGAUGGUAGAGAAGAGUGACACCUACUAUUGCAUGCUGUUUAAUGAUGAGGUUCAUACCUAUGAACAAGUUAUUUAUACUCUUCAGAAAGCUGUUAACUGUACACAAAAAGAAGCCAUUGGCUUUGCAACUACAGUAGAUCGAGAUGGACGUAGGUCUGUUCGAUAUGGAGACUUCCAGUAUUGUGAACAAGCAAAAUCAGUAAUUGUGAGAAAUACCAGUAGACAGACAAAGCCACUCAAAGUUCAAGUUAUGCAUUCGUCUAUUGUCGCACAUCAGAAUUUUGGUUUGAAACUUUUGUCUUGGCUGGGAAGUAUUAUUGGAUAUUCAGAUGGUCUUCGCCGAAUUUUAUGUCAAGUUGGUUUACAAGAAGGGCCAAAUGGUGAAAACUCUUCUCUAGUGGAUAGGUUGAUGCUUAGUGAUUCCAAAUUGUGGAAAGGUGCUAGGAGUGUGUAUCAUCAGUUGUUCAUGAGCAGUCUACUUAUGGAUUUGAAAUACAAGAAACUGUUUGCUGUUCGAUUUGCAAAGAACUAUGAGCGUUUGCAGAGUGAUUAUGUGACAGAUGACCACGACAGAGAGUUUUCAGUCGCAGACCUCUCGGUUCAGAUUUUCACAGUCCCUUCACUUGCUCGGAUGCUCAUCACAGAAGAAAACCUAAUGACCAUUAUCAUUAAGACUUUUAUGGAUCAUUUGAGACAUCGAGAUGCCCAGGGCAGGUUUCAGUUUGAACGAUAUACUGCUUUACAAGCCUUCAAGUUUAGGAGAGUUCAGAGCCUUAUUUUAGAUCUUAAGUAUGUGUUAAUUAGCAAACCAACUGAAUGGUCAGAUGAUCUGAGGCAGAAGUUCCUAGAAGGAUUUGAUGCCUUUUUGGAAUUACUCAAAUGUAUGCAGGGAAUGGAUCCAGUUACACGUCAAGUAGGACAGCAUAUUGAAAUGGAACCAGAGUGGGAAGCAGCCUUCACACUACAAAUGAAAUUAACACAUGUCAUUUCAAUGAUGCAGGACUGGUGUGCUUUAGAUGAAAAAGUAUUAAUUGAAGCUUACAAGAAAUGCCUUGCUGUAUUGACGCAGUGUCAUGGUGGUUUUACUGACGGUGAACAGCCAGUCACAUUAAGCAUUUGUGGACAUUCAGUGGAAACGAUCAGAUACUGUGUUUCCAAAGAAAAAGUUAGCAUUCACCUCCCAGUUUCUCGCUUACUUGCAGGUUUGCAUGUAUUGGUAAGCAAAAGUGAAGUGGCAUAUAAAUUUCCAGAGCUCCUACCUCUAAGUGAACUUAGCCCACCCAUGUUGAUAGAACACCCUCUUAGAUGCCUUGUUUUAUGUGCCCAAGUACAUGCAGGAAUGUGGAGAAGAAAUGGUUUCUCUCUUGUAAAUCAAAUUUAUUACUACCACAAUGUGAAAUGCAGACGUGAAAUGUUUGACAAGGAUAUAGUAAUGCUUCAGACAGGUGUCUCCAUGAUGGAUCCAAAUCAUUUCCUGAUGAUAAUGCUUAGCCGCUUUGAACUUCAUCAGAUUUUCAGUACUCCAGACUAUGGAAAAAAAGUUAGUUCUGAGACUACUCAUAAGGAUUUAGUUCAGCAGAACAACACUCUAAUAGAAGAAAUGCUAUACCUCAUUAUAAUGCUUGUUGGAGAGAGAUUUAGUCCUGGAGUUGGACAGGUAAAUGCUACAGAUGAGAUUAAACGAGAGAUUAUCCAUCAGUUGAGCAUCAAACCUAUGGCUCAUAGUGAAUUGGUAAAGUCUUUACCUGAAGACGAGAACAAGGAAACUGGCAUGGAGAGUGUAAUUGAAGCAGUUGCCCAUUUCAAGAAACCUGGAUUAACAGGACGAGGCAUGUAUGAACUGAAACCAGAAUGUGCCAAAGAGUUCAAUUUGUAUUUCUAUCACUCAAGGGCAGAGCAGUCCAAGGCAGAGGAAGCCCAGCGGAAAUUGAAAAGACAAAAUAAGGAAGAUACAGCACUUCCACCUCCAGUUUUGCCCCCGUUCUGCCCUCUGUUUGCAAGUCUGGUUAACAUUUUGCAGUCAGAUGUCAUGUUGUUAAUCAUGAGAACAGUAUUGCAAUGGACUGUAGAACAUAACGGACAUGUCUGGUCUGAGUCCAUGCUGCAGAGGGUGUUACAUUUAAUUGGAAUGGCACUACAAGAAGAAAAACAGCAUUUAGAGAAUGUCAUGGAGGAGCAUGUAGUAACAUUUACCUUCACUCAGAAGAUAUCGAAACCUGGUGAAGCACCAAACAACUCUCCUAGCAUACUAGCUAUGCUGGAAACACUACAAAAUGCUCCCUACCUAGAAGUCCACAAAGAUAUGAUAAGGUGGAUAUUAAAGACUUUUAAUGCUAUUAAGAAGAUAAGGGAGAGUUCAUCCACCAGUCCUGUGGCAGAGACAGAAGGAACCAUAAUGGAAAGAGCGUAAUUUCAGAGUUCGAGAGACAAAGACAAAGCUGAGAGGAAGAGAAAAGCCGAGAUUGCCAGACUGCGCAGAGAGAAGAUCAUGGCCCAGAUGUCUGAGAUGCAGCGGCACUUUAUUGAUGAGAACAAAGAACUCUUUCAGCAGACAUUAGAACUGGAUGCCUCUAUCUCUGCUGUUCUUGAUAAUAGUCCCUAUGGUUCAGAUAUGACUCUUACGGCAUUGGGCCCAGCACAAACUCGGGUCCCUGAACAGAGACAAUUUGUUACCUGUAUAUUGUGUCAAGAAGAGCAAGAGGUCAAGGUGGAAAGCAGGGCAAUGGCUGCAGCAUUUGUUCAGAGAUCAACUGUAUUCAAAAACAGAAGUAAAUUCAUUCAGGAUCCAGAAAAAUAUGAUCCAUUAUUCAUGCACCCUGAUCUGUCUUGUGGAACACAUACUGGUAGCUGUGGGCACAUUAUGCAUGCCCAUUGUUGGCAAAGGUAUUUUGAUUCCGUUCAAGCUAAAGAACAGCGAAGGCAACAGAGAUUACGCUUACAUACAAGCUAUGAUGUAGAAAAUGGAGAAUUCCUUUGUCCCCUUUGUGAAUGCUUGAGUAAUACUGUUAUUCCUCUGCUGCUUCCUCCAAGAAAUAUUUUUAAUAGCAGGUUACAUUUUUCAGACCAACCAAAUCUGACUCAGUGGAUUAGAACAAUAUCUCAGCAAAUAAAAGCAUUACAGGUUCUUAGGAAAGAAGAAAAUACUCCUAAUACUGCCUUAUCAAGGAAUUUAGAAAAUGUGGAUGAAUUGCAGCUCCCUGAAGGAUUUAGGCCUGAUUUUCAUCCUAAGAAUCCUUAUUCUGAAAGCAUAAAAGAAAUGCUAACAACAUUUGGAACUGCUACUUAUAAGGUGGGACUAAAGGUUCAUCCCAAUGAAGAGGAUCCCCGUGUCCCCAUAAUGUGCUGGGGUAGUUGCGCGUACACCAUCCAAAGCAUAGAAAGAAUUUUAAGUGAUGAAGAGAAACCGUUGUUCAGUCCUUUGCCUUGCAGACUGGAUGACUGUCUUAGGUCACUAACAAGAUUUGCUGCAGCACAUUGGACAGUGGCAUCACUUUCAGUGGUACAAGGACACUUUUGUAAACUUUUUGCAUCAUUGGUGCCUGGUGACAACCACGGAGACCUUCCAUGCAUAUUAGAUAUCGACAUGUUUCAUUUAUUGGUGGGCUUGGUGCUCGCCUUCCCGGCAUUGCAGUGUCAAGAUUUUUCAGGGAUCAGCCUUGGCACUGGGGACCUUCACAUUUUCCAUCUGGUUACUAUGGCACACAUCAUACAGAUCUUACUUACCUCAUGUACAGAAGAGAAUGGCAUGGAUCAAGAAAAUGCUUCUGGGGAAGAAGAAUUAGCAGUUCUUGCUUUGUAUAAAACACUUCACCAGUAUACAGGAAGUGCCUUGAAAGAAAUGCACUCUGGUUGGCAUCUGUUGAGGAAUGUCAGAGCUGGAAUCAUGCCUUUCCUUAGGUGUUCUGCUUUGUUUUUCCAUUACUUAAAUGGAGUUCCUUCCCCACCUGAAAUUCAAGCUUCUGGAACAAGCCAUUUUGAACAUUUAUGUAACUAUCUUUCCCUGCCAAACAACUUCAUUUGCCUUUUUCAAGAAAAUAAGGAGAUAAUGAAGUUACUGAUUGAAAGUUGGUGUCAUAACAUUGAAGUUAAGAGAUACCUGGAAGGUGAAAGAGACGCUAUAAGCUAUCCAAGAGAAUCUAACAAAUUAAUAGACCUUCCAGAGGAUUACAGCAACCUCAUUAAUCAAGCAUCUAAUUUCUCGUGCCCCAAAUCAGGUGGUGACAAGAGCAGAGCCCCAACUCUGUGCCUUGUAUGUGGAACUCUGCUGUGCUCCCAGAGCUACUGCUGUCAGACGGAGUUGGAAGGGGAGGACGUGGGAGCUUGCACCGCCCACACCUACUCCUGUGGUUCUGGGGUGGGCAUCUUCCUGAGAGUACGGGAAUGUCAAGUGCUAUUUUUAGCUGGCAAAACCAAAGGCUGUUUUUAUUCUCCUCCUUACCUUGAUGACUAUGGGGAGACUGACCAGGGACUCAGACGGGGAAAUCCUUUACAUUUGUGCAGAGAGCGAUUUAAGAAGAUUCAGAAGCUCUGGCACCAGCACAGUAUCACAGAGGAAAUUGGACAUGCACAGGAAGCAAAUCAGACACUGGUUGGCAUUGACUGGCAACAUUUAUAAUUACUUCACUACCAAAUACAUAAAUUUGGAUUUUUGUAACCCAGUUCGCUUUUCAAGAAAGAGAAUAGGAAAUAGGUUCUACUGAAUUUGGAAAUAAAUUCUUUAUUUAAGCUUUUCUUCCCAGUUUUAUUUUUAUAGUUUUCUGGCUCCAGAGACUGAUGAAAAUCAUCUUCUGUCAGCAGAUUUUCUUGCAUCGUUUGCUGUGUACUUCAAACGUAACUUCUUGAAUUUUAGAAUCCAGGAAGGAGCUUCUCUUCCUGGGCUGGACUCAACCCCUUUGUGGGCAUCUGACUGCAUUUGACUGUUCCCAGUAGUCUGAGCCGUGUCACAUUACUGAACACACAGGGAACUCCAGGCCUGAAGCUGAUGCAACAGCAGCAGGAAACAAAGUCUCUGGUCUUUUGGGGUCACACUUCCUGAUCCCUCCCAGUGACUCUCAACGUUGGGCCUGGGUCAGUGUCCCCACAGCUGAUGGGACCCUACCUCUAAGCAAAACAGUGGAUUUCAAAAGUGGCAUUCCCUUGUCUCCACCGGCUGUGAGGGGGUUGGGGGACACUCAUGCUGGAGGAACCUGUGGGAAGAAGGAGAGAAGGUGGUGUCUUUGUGUGCUGGGUGAUUUUCAGGGCUAUACAAGGUGGGAUUCCCCCACCCCCCCCCCCCCUUUUAUUUUUUGCAAGACUUCUGGCUUUGAGGAAAAAAACUCAUGUUAAAGGGCUUAUUGAAAACUUAGGAGUAUCCUAAUUUUUCAGAUGAUACAGUCUCUUAUUUCUAAGACUAAGUUGAAAGAGUGUAUACAUCUAGACUCAAACACUAGCAAAAAAAUGAGAAUUCAGUGUUUUAAAAUUCCCUCACCCCCACCCCUUCCAGCAUUUCCUGGAAUAGAUGAAUUGCUGUUUACCUGCUGACUCACUUAGUACAUUUCUGGGACACCUGUGCGCCCAGGCUUUUUAUUAUUUUUAAACAUUAUUGUUCUUACUAAGAGGUGCCUUCCUAGAUUGAUAGCCGCUUAGUAAAAUAGUUUAUAACCAUGACAUGCCAUGUACCACUCUUGUGUGAUACACAUGUGCUGAGAGCUUGGGUACAUGGAGAGUGAUGGCAGAUUUGGUGGAAGAAUAAAUACAGAGCCUCUCUGAGGUGAGGCUAAGGGAUAAAUGAAUAAUUAGAGGCUCUUGGAUUUUUUUUAGCCAAUGAAAAUAACCCUUUCACUCAGUUUUCUUUGAACUCUGCAUCUAAAAGUUCCAUCCUGCUCAGCUUUGCACACUCCACGGUACACCCAGGAGGAAGGUUGGAAAUCCAGACUUUCAGCUAAAGUAAGUGGAGAUGUAGAAGCCACACUCACUGCUUCUCCAGGGUGGUGUGUGAAGAACCCCUUCCUCUGAAAGGAUGACCUUGACCCUUCUUGCCUGGGACUGAGUCACCCAUCUGAGAGGAGGUGCUUCUCACCCAAGAGGAAGAAAAUCUGCGUUAGAACACAGCGCUCACCCCCCUUUUCUGGCCUUCAUUCCAUUCAUAAGAUCUGGUGGUAUGGGCUGUGGAUGGCAUCGUGAUUUUAAUGUUUAUUUUGGCCUUUGUCACAUCCUCAUUCCUUUAGCUUUUAAGUUCAGCUUCUUUCGGCUUUUCUCCAGUUGUUAACCAAGCUUAAAUUUAGAAUGAUAAGACCAGGUUUCUCCCUGUGUAGUUGAAUUAUAAACAUGUUCACCAAAUCAUAACAAUACUUCAGCUUUCAGAGCUGAUUUCAUAUAAGCCUGUUGUUAGCAGAGGGUGUCCCUGGAUUCCAUUCUCUGAGAAUGUCAGGGAGUCUGAGAGAAGAUGAAUUUACAUGAGAUAGCAACACAUGCGCCCUUUUAUCUUCUGGUGUGUGUAUCAUUAAUCUAAUUGUCUUCCCUAACUAAUGAAUCAUCUUAGUCUUAUGAUUUGUUCCGCAUGUAUUAUGUUUAUUGUAGAAAUGUUUAUAUAACAUGCUUUCCAUAUCAGGGAAAAUCAUAUCUGUUUAAAAAAUUGGCUAUAACUUUAUUAUCUGUGGACAACUUGUAAAAUUUGGAAUGUAUCAUAUGUAAAAAGUUUAAAGAUAUCCAAAUAAAUGCUUUAGGUGUUGACAUUACUUUG